AUGCUGUCUAAUAAACUUUCUAGAGUGGUACCUUGGAAACUUUCCGUGCAAGCUAUCAGUGUGGAUUAAUGGAACAACAGUCUGCGCUUCAGUAUACACAUUGGUUGCGGUAACGGGAGACAGAUAUUUUGCAAUUUGCCGUCCAAUGCAUUACAACCUUCUGGAAAAAAGAAAAGUUUUGUAUAUUAUUCUUCCGAUUUGGGUCGUCUCUUGCGCAUUAUUUGUUCCUUGGCUACUGUACUUUAAAGAAGUCAAGUUUCAAGUUGAUGACGUCACCACAGCAAGAGUAUGCGUUCCGCAUUUUCCAACCAGAAACAGCGAAAAGUUAUUUUUUGUAAUUGUCAACUUGCUGAUUGCAUUCUUCAUUCCUCUGACUGCUAUUACCGCAUGCUAUAUGUAUAUCUACAUAACGGUCAAAAAGCUUCGACCAAUGGCUGUGGACAGGCAGGCGAAAAGUAGAGGAAAUAGGACUAAAACAAAAAUCACCCAGAUGAUGAUCACCGUGGUCAUUGGGUUCGCCAUGUCUUGGCUUCCCUUGUAUCUGCUCUUUCUCUACUUCUAUAUAUACGAACCACAAAUGGAGAAUACCGUAGGCCAAGUACUGUACCUCGUUUUAAGGCCACUGUUUCAGUGGCUGAGUCUGUCAAACAGUUGCAUCAACCCGAUAUUCUACGCUCACUUCAGUCACAAAUUCCGCAGAAUGUUUCGACUGCUCCUCAUUCAUCCGUGCAACUGUCAUUCGUCCAAAACUGAUUAUGGUGAACUAGAAAUUGCGCCCUUUGGCCACGUCAAUGGCACAAACUACCACCAUCGUGGUGGUAACGGAGGAGAACAAACGCACGUCAGAAUGGCAUAUGUUUAAGA